AACCGGAAACAAUCAACGCGACGCAUUCAUUUUAGUCUUCUACGAUGAAUGUGGCCUCCAAAGUAGUUGUUUUAUCUCCUUAAAGUCCAUUCCAAUUCGAAGUUCGAAUCACAAGCUAGAAUAUUCAUCAAAUUCUAGCUUUUAAAUUCCCGCCAGUAUCUCUUCAACAAUUGCACCCGCCUAGCCAUAAGAAAAACGAUGGAAAGCUUCAGAAAGCUUUCUGUGUGUUUUUUGUUACUAUGCUUCACAAGCAUGUCCUCCACGCUGGACAUGAUAACCCCAGACCAACCCCUGCGUGAUGGCCAGAAUAAAAGUCUGGUUUCAGAUAGGGGAAUCUUCGAAGCUGGAUUCUUCAACCUUGCAAAUUCAAAAAGCCGUUACGUGGGAAUUUGGUACAAAGACAUUCGCGAAAAAACGAUCGUAUGGGUGGCCAACAGAGAAAACCCACUCCACAGUGCCUCAGGAGUUUUGCAGAUUGACAGUGGUAAAGGAAUUCUUAGAAUCUUGGACAGCAAAGGGAUCGAAACUUGGUCCUCGAAUGCAUCGCAACAAGCAGAGAACCCAGUUUUGCAGCUUUUGGAUUCAGGAAACCUAGUUCUGAGAGAGGAAAAGAACUCGAGCAGCAUAUUAUGGCAGAGCUUUGAUUAUCCAGGCGAUACUUUUCUCCCUGGUAUGAAAAUUAGAAGCGACAUAGGGACAGGUAAGUAUAUGGGUCUGACUUCCUGGAAGUCACGGGAAGAUCCUACCCCUGGUGAGUAUUCUAUGCACAUAGAUACUAAAGGCCUUCCUCAGCUAGUUGUCACAAAGGAAAAAAAAAUGACAUACAGAGCAGGACCGUGGACUGGGCUUGGUUUUACGGGGACCCCUGAAUUGAGAACCAUCAAAUCCGCGAAAUUUAUUUUUGAGCUAAGUAAAGAUGAAGCCUCCUAUGAAUAUACUGUCCUGAAUAAUGCAACUCUAAUGAGAAGCAGACUGAUGCCAGAAGGAUAUCCACUGCGUUUGAUAUGGUCUUCUCAGGCAAAUAAAUGGGAUGUUUUCUACCCUAGCCAGUUCGAUCAGUGUGAAAGCUAUGCCUUAUGUGGUCCAAAUACUAAUUGCACCGGCGGCACUGACUCUAAUUGUAAAUGCUUGACCGGAUACACAGCAAGCACGUCUGGUGGGUGUGUUCGAACUACUACUCGACUUGGAUGUGGAAGAGGAGAUGUCUUUCAAAAGUACCAAAGGAUGAAAUUGCCGGACACAUCUGCUUCCUGGUACAACACUACCAUGAGUUUGCAGGAAUGUGAAAAACUAUGUUUGAGAAACUGCACUUGCGCGGCAUAUUCUAAUUUGAACAUCAGUGAUGGAGGAAGUGGCUGCUUGCACUGGUUUAAUAACAUUGUCGACUUGAGAGAACUCAAAGAGGGAGGACAAGACUUCUACAUUCGAGUAUUUGCAGUUUCAGGCCUAGAUUCUGCAGUGAAAAAUGGCAUGAACAAGAGGAGGCUUGCAGGAAUUGUGAUAGGCUGCGCUCUAUUAAUCAUCAGCAUAGUAAUACUCGGAUUGAUAAUUAGGAAGAAGCUCAUGCAUCCAGGGAAAGCAAUUUAUUGGAGGGACAAGAAUGACAAAGAAGACAUUGAUUUGCCAAUAUUUGAAUUUUCAACCAUUUCUAAUGCCACAGAUCAAUUUUCAGAGAGGAAUAAGUUGGGACAAGGUGGUUUUGGACCGGUGUACAAGGGCGUACUAGCAGAUGGACAAGAGAUUGCAGUAAAGAGGCUCUCCAAAACAUCAGGACAAGGAAUGGAUGAGUUUAAAAAUGAAGUUUUAUUGAUUGCAAAACUCCAACACCGCAAUCUUGUAAAGCUUCUUGGUUGUUCUAUUCAACAGGGAGAAAAGUUGUUGAUUUAUGAAUUCAUGCUUAAUGGGAGCUUAGACUACUUUCUUUUUAAUUCAACAAAAACUAAGCUACUAGAUUGGGCUAAACGAUUCCAUAUUAUUGAUGGGAUUGCUCGAGGCCUUCUCUAUCUUCAUCAAGAUUCAAGAUUGCGAAUAAUCCAUAGAGAUCUCAAAACCAGCAACAUUCUUCUUGAUAUUAAUAUGAAUCCAAAAAUAUCAGACUUUGGAUUAGCCAGAAUUUUUGGAGGAGAUCAAGCCGAGGCCAACACAAAUAGAGUGAUGGGAACAUAUGGUUAUAUGCCUCCAGAAUAUGCAGUGCAUGGAUCUUUUUCUGACAAAUCUGAUGUCUUUAGUUUUGGAGUAAUGGUAUUAGAGAUAAUAAGUGGGAAGAAGAAUAGGGGAUUUUGCGAUCCACAUUAUCGUCUUAACCUUCUGGGACAUGCAUGGAAACUAUGGAUUGAAAAAAGACCCAUGGACCUAAUGGAUGAACAACUGCAAGAAUCAGUUAUUUCAUCCGAGCUGUUAAGAUGUAUUCAGGUGGGUCUAUUAUGUGUGCAACAAAGACCAGAGGAUAGACCCAACAUGUCCACUGUGAUUUUAAUGUUGAAUGGUGAAAAGUCACUUCCUGAUCCAGGAGAGCCAGGGUUCUACAUUGGAAGUGAUAAUCAACCCUUAGCAAAUUCUACUAUAAGGAGCAGCGGGGAGUGUUCAAUUAAUGAAGCUUCCAACUCAACAUUAGAGCCAAGAUAGAAUGCCAAAACAAGCUUGAACCUUCCUAUGUCUCAAAUUCCAUGUAAUGUCUCCAAAUAAAUUUAAUUUCCAUAAGCUGAUGAAAACGAAGAGGUCGAUGCUAUUAGGGGCGCGCAACAAGUCCAUCAAAUUGAUGUUUAUAUAAUGUCAGUGUGCAAUGAAUGUGAUAGUUUAUAAUGCAUCAUUUUGUGUAAUUAUACCUGACUUUGGAAGAAGCAUAUGCUGGUUCUACCAAAAAUUGAUGAUACAUUCACAGCUGCACGAGUUAUAACACGUCAAGACUAGUGAAA